AUGUCCUUACCGUAUAUUGGUCAACAGAUAACAAUAUACUUCCGAUGGUUUGUUGUAAUAAUCGGUAUAAUUGGUAAUAGUCUUAACAUAUGGAUAUUUUCAAGUGUCCGUACUUAUUAUCGAACAUUUUGUACAUUUUAUUUUCUCAUUGCUUCAAUUGAUAAUAUCUUAUAUUUAACAACAGUAUCCAUAUCUCGAAUUAUUAUGAGUGGCCACCAAAUAGAUUUAACUCGUACAUCGCUUGUGUGGUGUAAAAUACGUUUGUAUUGUUCUAGUAUUUUUGUUCUUAUGUCAUUUACAUGUUCAUAUUUAACUGCAAUCGAUCAAUUCUUCAUAACAUCAAGCAAUGUUCGUCUUCGUCAAUGGAGUCAUAUCAAACGAGCACAUAGAAUCAUUUUCAUUCUUAUACUUAUUUGGCUUCUACACGGUAUUCCUGGACUAAUAUUUGGUAAUAUUACAUCUUCAACUAAUAUUUGCAUGGUUACUAAUAAUGGAUAUACUACUUAUAUAUCAAUUUAUGUUCUCACUUACAAUAGUUUUGUCUUAAUUGCAUUUACCACAGCAUUUGGAUAUUUAACUUAUCGUAAUAUUCAUUCGAGAAGAAUUCUUGCUGAACGACAAGUAGAUCUUCAGGUUGUUAAAAUGACUUUAAUUCAAAUUAUUCUCAUUGCUAUAAGCAUUUCUCCUUAUGGUAUUUACAAUGCAUAUCUGGUGGCUUCAUCACAAUUUGUCAAAAAUACCGAUCAAAUAGUCAAAGAAACGUUUGCAUCAACAAUUACUACUUUGUUCACUAAUGUUUAUUACGGUGGAAGUUUUUAUGUUUUCUUAAUUUCAUCGCAACGAUUUCGUCGAGAAAUUCGAAAUCGAAUAUAUUUUUGGCGACGAACCAAUCGAGUUCUUUCAGUACAACAGCGAACAAUUUAA